UCACCCUUCUUCUAGGUAGCGGCAGCUCUCACAUCGCAUUCUGAAUCUCUGACAUUGACAAGAACUUACUUUCCCUUGCCGAUCCAGUAGCGAGAUGGAGGAGGAGGAAGCUUCGGCGGAGCUGAUCAGCCCCAGGAUCUCCUUCUCGCACGACCUCGCGGCCUUCGCCGCGGCAGCGACGACAUGUCCGGGCACCACUCUGCUUGAGCCAAGGCGGUCGGACGCGUCCCUCAUGCCGCGGCGGAGGCGGCGGCGCGCGCCGGAGCCGGAGUUCGACUUCGCCAACGCGGCGGCCGCCGACGUCGCGCCGGCCGACCGCCUCUUCGCCGACGGCAAGCUGCUCCCCGUGCCGCCGCUGCCGCCGACUGCUCCCCAUUCACGCGCCAAGCCGCCCCAGGCCGCUGCCUGGCAGAAGGCGCCGCGGUCGUGGGCGUCCCCGUUCGCGCGCAGCAGCAGCGUCAACUCCGCCAGGGCGGCCGCGUCGGCGGCGUCAGGGAGGUUCACCUGCCCGGCGUUCCCGCUCAUGCGGAGCCGGUCGACCGGCUCCGCGGCGGCCACGGUCGGCGCCCACCAGCGGCCGCAUUGCAAGAAAGUCGCUCCGACGACGACGACGGCCGCAUCCGGUGGCGGUGCGAGGUCAGUUUACUACUACGGAUACGGGGGCGGCAGGAACGCUGGCGACGGCCAUGGCGGCGGCGGGGUCCGGGUGAGCCCGGUGCUGAACGUGACGUCCAUCGGCACCAGCGUGGUGAACAUGCUGAGCCACCUGCUCUGCGACUGCGGCGAGAAGGCCGGCAAGCAGCAGAGCAGGGGCUUCGGAGUGCGCUGCUGGGUAACCAGAUAGUAGUACUAGCAGUUGUACUACAAGUUAAGCGCACUCGUUAAUUACUGAUUGAUUGUCCACUUGUCGCCACUGUUGCUUGUAAGUAAGUAAGAUGGAAAGAUGAAUCAAUCCAUGUGAAUCGUGACCGAUUGAUGGAUUGCUUUGUGCAUGCAUGGGAUGGGAGGAGGGCCCUUUUGGUUGUGUCGUUGGUUAGUGGCAGAGCAUGUGGUGUUGUGGGGAGGAAAGAAAGACCAUUGGUCCGAUCCACCAUGAGAGACCGACGGAGUGCAUGGCAGCAUGGGGAUUCGGUGUCCCCAGCCGGCCGGGUUUCCUGCGGGGCGGGGCUUGCUUGGCGUUGCAGCAUGUCUCUGUCUCUCGCACGGAACACACAGUCUUAGUACUACUUAUUUGGUUGCAAGUGGUGUCAUACUUUAUCAUGUGUCAAUCAUGGAGUACGUAUAUAUGUACAGGAUCGUGUACUCGUUUGAUCGCGUAAGCGCAACAUUUUGCAAGCGAUCCGAAUGGUUUCCUCGUACUUCCAUUCUUCGCGGCGUGUUCCAGUAAAGCUGAUCCUAGCCGUUGGUAGGACAUCGGCAGCGAAGCUCUGCCUGCGUGUCUCGCCGGCCGGCA